GGGUCCGGAGGCGCCCCCGCCCCCGCUCGCCGCUAGCCUGUCGGCCAGCACCGCGUCCCGGAGCCGCCGCCGGAGCCAUGGCUCUAAAAGGACAAGAAGAUUAUAUUUACCUUUUCAAGGAUACAGCGCAUCCAGUGGAUUUUCUAGAUGCAUUCAGAACAUUUUACUUGGAUGGAUUAUUUACUGAUAUUACCCUUCAGUGUCCUUCAGGCAUAAUUUUCCAUUGUCACCGAGCUGUUUUAGCUGCUUGCAGCAAUUAUUUUAAGGCAAUGUUCACAGCUGAUAUGAAAGAAAAAUUUAAAAAUAAAAUAAAAAUCUCUGGCAUCCACCAUGAUAUUUUGGAAGGCCUUGUGAAUUAUGCAUACACUUCCCAGAUUGAAAUAACUAAAAGAAAUGUUCAAAGCCUGCUUGAAGCAGCAGAUCUGCUACAGUUCCUUUCAGUAAAGAAAGCUUGUGAGCAGUUUUUGGUAAGGCACUUGGAUAUUGAUAAUUGUAUUGGAAUGCACUCCUUUGCAGAAUUUCACAUGUGUCCAGAACUAGAGAAGGAAUCUCGAAGAAUUCUAUGUUCAAGGUUUAAGGAAGUGUGGCAACAAGAAGAAUUUCUGGAAAUCAGCCUUGAAAAGUUUCUCUUUAUAUUGUCCAGAAAGAAUCUCAGUGUUUGGAAAGAAGAAGCUAUCAUAGAGCCUGUUAUUAAGUGGACUGCUCAUGAUGUGGAAAAUCGAAUUGAAUGCCUGUAUAACGUACUAAGCUAUGUAAACAUAGAUAUAGAUCCAGUGUAUUUAAAAACAGCUUUAGGUCUUCAAAGAAGCUGCCUACUAACCGAAAAUAAGAUACGAUCUCUAAUAUACAAUGCUCUGAAUCCCCUGCAUAAAGAGAUUUCCCAGAGGUCCACAGCCACAAUGUACAUCAUUGGAGGCUAUUACUGGCAUCCUUUAUCAGAGGUUCACAUAUGGGAUCCUCUGACAAAUGUUUGGAUUCAGGGAGCAGAAAUACCAGACUAUACUAGGGAGAGCUAUGGUGUUACAUGUUUGGGACCCAACAUUUAUGUAACUGGGGGUUAUAGGACAGAUAACAUAGAAGCUCUUGACACAGUGUGGAUCUAUAACAGUGAAAGUGAUGAAUGGACAGAAGGUUUGCCAAUGCUCAAUGCCAGGUACUACCACUGUGCAGUCACCUUGGGGGGCUGUGUCUACGCUUUAGGCGGUUACAGAAAAGGGGCUCCUGCAGAAGAGGCCGAGUUUUAUGAUCCAUUAAAAGAGAAAUGGAUUCCUAUUGCAAAUAUGAUUAAAGGUGUGGGAAACGCGACUGCCUGUGUCUUACAUGAAGUUAUCUAUGUCAUCGGCGGCCACUGCGGUUACAGAGGGAGCUGUACCUAUGACAAGGUCCAGAGCUACAACUCAGAUAUCAACGAGUGGAGCCUCAUCACCUCCAGUCCACAUCCAGAAUAUGGAUUGUGUUCAGUCCCAUUUGAAAAUAAGCUCUAUCUAGUUGGUGGACAAACUACAAUCACGGAAUGCUAUGACCCUGAACAAAAUGAAUGGAGAGAAAUAGCUCCCAUGAUGGAAAGGAGGAUGGAGUGUGGUGCCGUCAUCAUGAAUGGAUGUAUUUAUGUCACUGGGGGAUACUCCUACUCAAAGGGAACAUAUCUUCAGAGCAUUGAGAAAUACGAUCCAGAUCUUAAUAAGUGGGAAAUAGUGGGCAAUCUUCCAAGUGCCAUGCGGUCCCAUGGGUGUGUUUGUGUGUACAAUGUCUGACUGAAUCCAUAGAAAUGACCCAGUAAUCACUGUUCUGGGGUGUAGUGAAAGAAAGAGAAUUCAGGAUUUGGAGUCCCUUAUUUAUCGUUGUAGACUGGCACAUAAUGGGUGAAUUCCCAUGCUUAACCCCCACUCUUCCCUUAACGCAGUGAUUAAUGGUCAAGAAAAAUCCUAUGUGUAUUUACAGUUGAAUCAGUAGGGUUAACACCUUAUAAUCUCUGCUUUUCAAAGGUAAUAUGGAAUGUUGGACACUUGGUAAAAAGUAAAAUACCUUUGUAGUGAAUUUUUCUCCUGGUAGCAUCAACACUGGGUGCAGGUCAGAAUCAUUCUGUGGAAUGAAAUGUCUCUUCUGACCCUGUAAUGUAUAGUGUAUAUUAAGAUUCCAUUUAGCUAGCAAGGAAUUUGAAAUUUAAGGAGGGAAUCUUCUCUACCUCUAC